AUGUGGGACGUAUCAGUGACGUAUCAGUUUUCUGGCGGAGAGGUUCUGCGUGGGCGUGGGUGGUGGGUCAAAAGCGGUGGUGGAAAAUGGGAAACGUUGAGGCAUGGUUUGGAAAGAACGAUUUUCAUUAAUCGAUGUGUCCGGGAUGAAUUGCCUAGGUUGGGACGCGCAUGGGAGUGUGGUGAUCCAUUGUUGAGUGGAAACGGGAUGUUCGAUUGUGGUGUCUGUGGGCAAAGCAAGCAACGUACGCGUGAAACGGUGGGUUACCCGCUAUUGUGCGUCGUUUCUGAGACAAGUUGUUCGAAAAUAUGGUCCCUUUGGAUGGAAUAUGACACGUAGAGUUUGACCAAAAAGGAUGAUGGAAAGACGAGUGAACGGGGUCAUGGUUUGCAUCGCCUUUGCCUCGCAUUGCGGGUUACAGGAAAGAAAGACAAGAAGCAAGUUUUCAUGUGUGUAUGAUGAAGGAAAAACGAGGUGCAAGCAGUUGUUGCGAAGCGGUAGUCAUACCAAUCGCUAUCGGUUUUGUUGGUGCGAUUUGUAGCAGCGAGGAGGUAAUAUACAGUACAGUAUAUGUGGUCAGGCGCGAGCAUGCUAAGGGUGUAGCGUAGGGUGUAGCGUGGAUUGUGGUUGUGUACGAAGGCAAGUGGAGGGUGCGACGGGGGGGUGGACGGAAAUAGAAUAUAUCGCGAACUCCCUUGUUAUGUCAACAAGGAUCCGUACAGGUACAGUAUGUACUCAACAACAAAAGAAAUGCAUGAGUUAAGUG